CUUGUUUACAAGUCAGUUUUCUUGAAAUUAACACUGAAAUGUUGUGCGAUGAGCUUCAAAAAAUUCCAAUGGAAAUUAAAAAUGUCGGAAAUAGUUCUAUAGAUAAAAUUUAUAUGGCCACAUCUACUCCUCAAUUAAUUUCAAUUUCUGAGUUUAAUAAUAAACCAUGGAGUAAUCGUGAAAGUGAUUUAAAAACGCCGGCAGCCAGAGAAAAGGAAUUAAGGAGACUUUGUGUUACUCAACUACCAUUGCAAGGAGAUAAAUUGGAUCCUGGACAAUCUAAAUCGUUUAAUAUAUGGAUAAAAGCUCCGAGCGAAAAAGGAACCAUAAACAUCGAUAUACUAAUUUACUAUGAAAAUUUAAGUAAUUCAAAUAUGCCAAAAUACAGACUGGUACGACAUACUUGGAUGUUAAAUACACAAGAAACGCUUUCGGCAAAGGUGCUAUGUCAAGGAAGUUUUAGUUCAAAGUCUGUGGAACAGUUGUCGCUUUCAGCAAAAAUUACUAAUUUAAAUAAGUUUCAUGAUCUUAAAAUAAUUAACGUAUCACUUGUAAAAGUAUUACUUUUAAGUUCUGAUUGGCUUCUUUUAAAAGAUUUAGAACUACCAAAAACAUUAAGAAUUACAUCAGAACAAUCAAUUCAUUUGUUACUAAAAGCUAGAAGAAACAGCAAAAGAGAAGAAAUUUAUUCUGAAAUAAUCCUUGAUCCCGAAACAUUUAGACCCUUACUUUCGAAUAGUGUUUGUUUAGAUUUAGCUAUUAAAAAUUUUGAACAGCAUGUGUCCUUUUUGGAUGAGUUUGUUAGUCAAGACGCGGGUCGGAAGAUACAUUCUCCAAACCAAUUAGUGUUACAGUGGAAGGCUUCAGUAUCUGAUAGUUCUGGUCAAAAAAAGAAUAUCAUCGGACAGACAACGACACCUUUAUCGUUUAAAGAUGAAUGCGAUAUUGAAACGUCAUUAUCUUAUGAAGUUAAUCAAACAUUAGAUUUAACAGUAUCAAUAACUAAGAGUAAUGUUUCAGUAGAAACAAAAAAGAAUCAAGUAUUCUUAAGUUUAUUGCAUCCCAUCUCUAUCCGGCACGAUUUUAAAAAUAAGAAGUUUUGUACAAUUCCUGUUCAAAUUGUUCUUCAUAACGUCGUGGAUGCAGAAAUGGUAGUUACUGUAAACACUUUGGGAAGUAGUAGUGAUUCUCCUCCUCUAUCGUUUAGACCAAAUUUUUAUUACCAGUACCCAUCUAAAUAUUUCAGAUGGAUAGGUAAAAGUAGUGCUGUGAAAUCUUUAAUGCCUUUUAGUUCUGAAAUACUUUCAAUGCAUGUAGCCGUUUUCGGACCAGGUACUUAUGAUUUAGGGUCGCGAUUAGAAACGUGGUGUCACGAAAAAGACAAUCCCGAUAAUAUGGUGCUUCAAAAUUAUCGGGCAGAAUCUGCUCUAAUAGUUCUAAACGGUUCAACAUAAAACAACUGUACCUCACAAAUAAUAUUUUGUUUGUUAUUAAAAAUUAAAUCUGUUUUUGAUGUUUCCAAUAAUUUGUAUAUUACAUUUUGUAUUAUACAUCACAAGUAGCAAAUACUGAUAGUAACUAUUCAUCUUAUAUUAACUCAAAUUUUAAAUGUUUUUUAUUAUAUGUUAAUACUUUGCGUUAUAAAUGGCCGCAUUAUUAAUUCAUUUUUAAUAAGUGAAAGAAAAAUAAAAAAUGUGCAUAUAUUAAGUCAGCCUUAUCUUCAUCUUUUUGGAUGUUCGGUUUUAUUUAUUGUUAUAAAUGUACAUAAUUAUACCUUUGCAGAUU